AUCCCAGUGACUAUAGCCACUUGGAACUGCACCCACUGCCGACCGAGCCGUCCAAGCCAUGGCACGGAGAAAACGACAGCUGCUUGACGACGACGAUUCCUCCUCCGUAUCCGACGUUGACGACCAUAACGACCCAAACCAUGACGCGAAUGACCCCGAUGCGCGUGAAGAGCGCGAACUAUUCGAGGAUCCGUACAAGCGCAAGCGGCGCCGGAAGGACGGGAAGGUGGACGCUAUCUACGGCGUAUUUGCAGACGACGAUGAAGACGAGGGGUUUGGCGGUCGCCGAGGGGGGAAGACCGAGAAGCGGAGGGAUUGGGCGAAGGCUCCGGCCUUUGUGUCUGGUGAGAAGGUGGACAUGGACAAGGUAACAGAUGCGGAUGCAGAGAUGAAGGAUGCAGGUGCAGACGAGGAAGUCGGAGAUGGAGGUCCGAGCAGCUCGGAUGAGGAGCAGGCGGACGACGCAAUGCAGACCGACGAUUCGGGCCCCUCGAAGCCGCCCUCUCCCAGAGUACGUGAGGAAGAGGAGGAAGAGGUGCGGCCCCGCUUUGGUGGUAUCGGCAUCGGGGCCUCAACGUCUCAAGCAAAGAGUGCAUUCUCUGGAUUCAAAGGAGGCCUUGGGUUCAGCAGGGGAGGCAUUGGCUCGUCUGAGCGCACCUCAACCCCGCCUGCCGAUGCUGCGCCGGAGCCCUCACCCGUGCCAACGACUUCAAAGGACCUACCGUCUGCGUUUGGGGGUGCCCGCGCUCAACGCUCGUUCCUACGCGAUGGCAAGAGCAGGUCGGGCACUCCGAAACCCGCACCCACCCUCAGCGCGGCCGAGCGGCAGCACUUCAGUAAGCUCGGGAGCUCUUUUGGUGCGAAGAUGCUGGAGAAGAUGGGCUGGCAGGCGGGCACUGGUCUGGGUGCGUCAGGCGAAGGCAUCGUCACCCCAGUCGAAAGCAAGCUGCGUCCUAAGGGCAUGGGUCUCGCGUUCAAGGGCUUUGGGGAGAAGACAGCGCAAGCGAAAGCGGAGGCGCGACGUCGCGGGGAGGUUGUCAGUGAUGAUGAGGACAAGCCUGCUACGAAGCUCGGUCGCAAGGCUGCGAAGGCCCGUGAGGAGAGGGCGCAGGCGUGGAAGAAGCCGCGCAAGGCAAAGACACGGAUUGAACACAAGACGUACGAGGAGAUUGUGGCAGGAGCCGGUCAGGAUGCUCAGCCUGCUGGUGUUGGGCAGAUCAUAGAUGCUACCGGUGCUACUCUCAGAGAGGUUUCUUCUCUCGCAGAUGUAUCAAUGGCAUCAUGGACACCUACCUCGGACCCAAUGCGUCUUCCUGAGGUUCGACACAACCUGCGCCUGAUUACCGAGGCAUGCAAAGGCGAUUUGGAUGGCCUCGCGAAAGAAGCGAAAGCGUUGGGAGAACGUAAGAAGUGGAUACAAGCAGAGGAUGCAAGGCUGCGGAAGAAAGUGAACGAGGAAGCUGAACUCAUCUCUCGUUUGCAGCAAGUCAACCUGGUGGUAGACGACAUCAAUUCGCAGGCAAGAGACUUGGCUUCGAUGUACGAGCCUUCGCUCGAAAGCUUCUCCGCCAAUUUUGAGAAGCUUCUCGGACAGUAUGCGAAUGAGUUCGAUAGAUAUCGGUUGGACGAGGUCAUCGUUGCCGCUAUUGCCCCUAUCGUACGACGUAUGUUGGCGCAAUGGCAUCCUCUACAGGAUCCUGUUGCAUUCACAUCGCUGUUCCGGUUGUGGAGAAAUGCGCUCAAGAUGGCAACACAUGAGGAGAAGCCGCAGGACAACGUCUCAGUAUAUGGGUCCAGUACGGUCAUCUCGCCCGCACCUGUUGUGGAAAAGCCUAUGACACCCUACGAGAGCCUGCUUUGGAACGCAUGGUUGCCGAAGGUACGGUCAUCUAUCAACAACGAGUGGUCCCCAGACGACCCACAGCCUGCAGUACGCCUGUACGAAGCAUGGUCCGCCUUCCUGCCUCCGUUUAUUCGAGACAAUUUCUUCGAUCAGCUGAUAUUGCCGAAAGUCGCAAAGGCGGUGGACGGGUGGAACCCUCGCAUCAGCAAAGUUCCCUUGCAGACGCUUGUGUUCCCGUGGUUGCCUCAUGUGGGUCUGAGGCUGGACGACGUCCUCGGUGAUGCGCGCAGGAAGGUCAAGAGUUUGCUCAGGCAUUGGGCGGUCGCCGAGGGCAUGCCGGGCGACCUGACCGUUUGGAAAGACGUCUUCGAUGUAGGCGACUGGGAUGCCAUGCUGCUCAAGUAUGUCGUGCCGAAGCUAGGCAGCAGGCUCCGAGAAGACUUCCGCGUCAAUCCACGCAAUCAGGACAUGGGCCCCUUGCAGGACGUCAUGCUGUGGGAGAGCCUUCUCAGCCCUAUGGUAUUGUCGCGCAUCCUCGAGACCGAAUUCUUCCCGAAGUGGCUAGACGUGCUGCAUGUCUGGCUUAUCCAGCCGAAUCCGAGCUUCGAUGAAGUUGCGCGAUGGUACUCGUUAUGGAAGGGGAUGUUCUCGGAGAAUGUGCAGAGCAUGCCUGGCAUCGCACAGGGCUUCACACGCGGAUUGCAGUUGAUGAACAAGGCGAUCGAGCUCGGGCCCAAUGCACCCACACAGCUGCCCCGGCCGGACCAUCGUCCUCCUUCUCCUACGCCGAUGGUAACGGGGCAACAGAAGGCACCCAAAAUGCGCCCUGCGCGAACACAGGAGAUUACCUUCCGGUCUAUUGUGGAGGAUUAUGCGUCCUCCCACAACCUGUUGUUCAUGCCCGCCGGCCGGGUGCACGAGGAAUCGCGCAUGCCCCUCUUCCGUGUGUCUCCCACCGCCGAUGGCAAGGGUGGGUUGCUCGUGUAUAUACAAGACGACGCCGUAUGGGCUCCUGAUGGUGAUGAAUAUCGGGCAAUACCGCUUGAGAAUAUGGUUCUCCGAGCGAGGAAGUAGUAGGGACGAUGGCGGUGGUGAUGUUAUAAUGUAUGGACCACAUAAUGUUGUAACACUACUUGCUGUACUCUAAGCACAGAAGAUCUCGCUGCAUUGACUUCAACCCCAG